UCGUGGCGAGUAGUGCGGACAAAAUUGAGAAAAAAAUCAGGGAAGCAACAGCUGUGUUGGAAUGCUAACAAGAUGGGUGUCAGAUCUGAUGACAUGGAGUGGGAGGAUGAGGGUCAAGGAAUGAAUGAAGAAGCAAUGUGAAGGUUAAGUGCUGUAAUUGGUGGUGUUGGGGAUUUAUUUGGUUUAGAAUUUUAUUUUCAUGGUAGGUAGUACAUAGUUGGUCUGAUCAUGAUUGAUCGACAUUCCAGCACAGUAGGUGGCGGCAUGCACUUUAAACGUUGGUUUGUGGACCGCCAUGAUACCACAGAAGAAGAAGGCGGUGAUGAAGAGAGGAGACCAUGUUGAAUUAGCGUUUUAUAUGGAGUGAAUUUAAUCUAACAGUGACAUAAGUAAUUGAUCUGCCGCAAACAUUUAUGAUAUAUAACAUCAAAGUGAGAGAAAGGUGGAACAGGUUUGAGUUGCUGAAUACACCACCACUCACACACACAGCUACACACGUUGACAGAAAAGCUGAGAGAGGAGGGAGACUCACCUGGAACAGAGGGGACAGACCGAAAGGAGCCCAAGGGGAACUUAAAGCUGCGUUGCUUUUGGACUACAGUUACCCUUGUUUGAUUUUCAACAUCAGGAAACUACUUUAACACGUGGAUGGACAUAUACAGACAGAGUGGAAAACAAAUGUUGAACAAUAAGAACAUUAUUAUUUUGAUGAAAUAUUUGUACAAAGGACAUCGAUGUUGAGCAAUUCAAAUGGACUUGAUGCAAAACAAGGAAAUAAAAAUAUGUAAAUGUACGUUUGAACAAAGAUUUAUAUUACAGAUGCUAUUCCCCCGCUUCAAAUAGCAGUUCUAUUGCAGGAAUUAAACUUUGAUUAUUGUUCACAUAUAAUGUUCUAUAUUGUGUGCAGGUGCCGUAUAUUUAUGCAUUUGAAUGCAUAUAUCUCUUCAUUUGGGAGAGCUCUUGUAUAAAUGCUAUUUUUUUUCAUACGGCAGUAAACUCUGUUGAAGGGGACCGAACUGCACGUACAUAUAUAUGUAAAAACGACAGACUUCUGUUGUAAAAGCUUUGGACAAAAAAACAAGAUAAUAUUUGUUAAUGCUUUAUUAGACUCAUCUACUUUUGAAGAGGCUUUUUAAGGGGGCAAAAAAACAGAAAAUAUUAAUAUUUUGAGAAUAAAAACAGGAAAGCGGAAAUGGCAGCUGCCAGAACAGAGAACCUUGGUCCUGUCGUCCUGGGACUGAACAAGCAGAACGGGCAGCUUAGGGGGCUUCCUAAACCGGCUUCUCCCCAAUCAGGACCCCUCGUCCUGGGCUCUCUGUCAGACGAGGCCACAGGUGCAUCCCAGAAAGCGGGUGCUGCCCAGGAGGGAACUGGGAUUAGGUUUGGAGAUGACUGGAAAAAGAGCCUACAGCUCCCUCCCAAAGACACCAGGGUCAGAACCUCUGAUGUAACGUCCACUAAGGGAAAUGAGUUUGAGGACUACUGUCUGAAACGGGAGCUCCUGAUGGGCAUCUUUGAGAUGGGCUGGGAGAAGCCCUCCCCUAUCCAGGAGGAGAGCAUUCCCAUAGCCCUGUCAGGACGAGACAUCCUGGCCCGAGCCAAGAAUGGAACAGGGAAGAGUGGGGCCUACCUCAUCCCCAUGCUGGAGAGAAUAGACCUGAAGAAGGACUAUAUACAGGCCAUUGUGAUGGUGCCCACUCGUGAGCUGGCCCUGCAGGUUAGCCAGAUCAGUAUCCAGAUCAGUAAGCACCUGGGCGGCGUGAAGGUCAUGGCCACCACGGGCGGCACCAACCUGCGAGAUGACAUCAUGCGCCUGGACGAGACUGUGCAUGUGGUCAUAGCCACACCCGGCAGGAUCCUAGACUUGAUUAAGAAGGGCGUUGCCAAAGUGGAUAGAGUCCAAAUGAUGGUGAUGGAUGAGGCAGACAAGCUGUUGUCUCAGGACUUUGUAGUGCUCAUCGAGGAUAUCAUCAGCUUCCUGGCCAAGGGUCGUCAGAUCCUACUCUACUCUGCCACCUUCCCCAUCAGCGUGCAGAAGUUCAUGGCCAAGCACCUGCAGAAGCCCUAUGAGAUCAACCUGAUGGAGGAACUGACUCUGAAGGGCAUCACCCAGUACUAUGCCUACGUCACUGAGAGACAAAAAGUCCACUGUCUCAACACGCUCUUCUCACGGCUGCAGAUCAAUCAGUCCAUUAUCUUCUGUAACUCCACCCAGAGAGUUGAGCUGCUGGCCAAGAAGAUCACCCAGCUGGGCUACUCCUGCUUCUACAUCCACGCCAAGAUGAUGCAGGAGUACAGAAAUCGUGUGUUCCACGACUUCAGAAAUGGACUCUGCAGAAAUCUUGUCUGCACCGAUCUGUUCACCAGAGGUAUUGACAUCCAAGCCGUCAAUGUCGUCAUCAACUUCGACUUCCCCAAGAACGCCGAGACAUACCUGCAUCGCAUUGGAAGAUCAGGGAGGUUUGGUCACCUGGGCCUGGCCAUCAACCUGAUCACCUCUGAGGACCGCUUCAACCUGAAGUCCAUCGAGGACCAGCUGGUCACCGACAUCAAGCCCAUCCCUGGCAGCAUCGACAAGAACCUGUACGUGGCCGAGUUCCACACCGCCAACCUAGACUGCGAGGUGGAGGAGGAGCUGAAGGAGACAGGCUGCCAACAGGAGGAGCCCUAGAACCCCUCAACUGGACAAUAGGACAUACCCAGCUUUUGCACAACAUUCAGCUCUUGCACACAAGCUUCAGGCACCUCUUCAACUUCUCUUUUCGCAACCUUCAAAACCUGGCACAUGGACGUUAAGGUCGAGUUGACUUUUUGCUGAUUUGUAUAUUCUGUUCUUAUUCCCCCUUGUUAUUUCAUUAAGAGCUGCCUGCAUUUUUUUUAUUUAAAAUGGUUUAACCAUGUUGUUUUGCACCAAAGGUAGCUUGCCCAAUGCACACUGAAUGAGAUCAAUCAAUCCUUUUUUGGCUUAAGACAUGUAGGCUAAUGUUUUUUGGAUUGUAUCCUGGUAUUGCAAGGUAACAUAUCAGCUGAAAAACUUCAGAGAUAGGUGAGGAACGUUGUCUUAAAAAAAGUAAGAACCAUGCAAAAUAUUGAUCAAGUUGUACUGUUUCCAGCUGAAUAUGUCGUCCACUUUUAUGGUCAGCUUUGGAGGAGGACAGGUUUGUGUCAUCAAUGACACGAGGCCUAUUGUUAACCGUAGCAACGACCACUAAGGGUAAAGAAAGCUUCAGAGUGUUGGAAAGCUCAUUUCACUUACAUGCAUUUUUUAUUGGAAUUAAGAUACUAUAUUUGUAGGUUUUAAACUUAUUAA